CUAUAAAUAGCAGUGCAAUCAUCAGACAAAUCCCUAAUUUCUAGGGAUCCUCCUCCUCGCCGCCAGUCUCUGGUUCCCUCGGGAUCCAUCCCGAGCCAACCCGCAGCCGCCACUCCUCUCCUGGAUCUCCCCUGCUUCCCUCGUCCUCCCUCGAUUUGCGCCGCCGCCCAACCACUCCCUCCAACCAGCGCCUCCCCGCCGCCUUGCACGCCCACGCCGCCGGCGAACACAGCAGCAGCAGGUCAUGCUGCCGGCCUCAUCUCGCUCCUCUCCUCCCCUGUAUCUCCCUUCCUCCCCGUGUUUCUCUCUCUCACGUCUCCCUCUCGUUUCUCUGGCAGGAAAUGCCAUGGCCGCCUGAGUUCUUCCACGCCGGCCUGCUACCUCGCCUCCCCGACCCGAACUGGCCCGGAUCCGCGUCUCCGGCCACCAAGCUAGUCCCCGCGCCACCGUCGUGCAUCAAGCCCUGCGCCUCUCCGCCGCUCCGCACCUCCCUGCCCCGACGAGUCCCCGUCGUCCCGAGGCCACCCGUCUCCGUCCGGCCGGCAACGAGCAGUAGCUCGCCGGAGCGCGAGUUCCAUCGGGUUCCCCGCCGAACACUCCGCCAGUCUUCCAAUUCGGUGGGGAUCGACGGGAUCCGCGUCGCCCUGCUCGUCCCGCCUCCGGCUUGCGUCAGAUCCCGGCGUCCCCAGCUCGCCUGGUGCGCCGCCAAGCCCUCAUCGCCGGCCUCCCCUGCUUCUGCGUGCGGGGACGACGACCAGCGCCAGUCCCGCUCCUGCCUCUGUUCGAGAGGAGGAGACUGCAGUCGCGACGGCCGCGUUGACCGCGCCCCCUCCCCUCGUUCGAUCCAACCAGCCCAGCCGGCCUGCUUUUGCCAAGGCCCAGCCCAGCGCGCCUUCUUCCUCAGCCCAGCCGCCCCUCCACCGACCUGGGCCUCAGCCCAUGGUGAGCAGCCUAGUUCCAUCAGAUUCGGCCUGUCAUGUUUUUUCCUGCUCUGGACGAAUUUGCCUAUUAAUCCUGAGACUGCCAAUUUUGCAGAAUAGCCCCUCUAGAUCUUGCAUUUAAUAACUCCAGAAUCGUGCAUCAUAUGUAAAUAACUUAUAUAUGUAAAAUGCUUAG